AUGCUCCUAUGGUGUGUGUGUGUGUGUGUGUGUGUGUGUGUGUGUGUGUGUGUGUGUGUGUGUGUCGUCAUUUGCGAAAACGUUCGCGACCGUCCCUAUGGCACAAGCUCCGACAUUUGGUCCCUCGGCAUCACACUCAUCGAGCUUGCCGAGACUGCACCCCCCUACCAAGAUUUGCACCCCAUGCGUGUCCUCUUCAAAAUCCCAAAGGCCCCGGCCCCAACCCUCAAAGAACCCCAUCGCUGGAGCGCGGCUUUCAAUGACUUCCUGAGCAAAUGUCUUCAAAAGGACCCUCGCGAUCGCCUUACAGCGGAACAACUCCUCAAUCAUGACUUUGUCAAAAACACGGCUGGUCUCAAACCUUGUCGUGAUCUGCUCCGCCUGGUCAAAGCCGACAUCGUGGAAACCAUCGAGGAGCUACAGGACGAGCAAAAGGCGGAAAUAGCUGCACAGGCCGUCAAAGGUUUUGAAAAUCUGGCAGCCCAGGCUCGCGAAUCCUUGCAAGCCCCCGCUGACAAUAUGGAAGACGAAGACUUUGGCUUUGGAUCUUCCGCCACUCCUGCCGCUGCACCCGCCGCCAACGGCGCCGCGCCUCUGCCCUCCAUCGCUGUGGCAGCCGAUAGCGAAGACGCUCGAGCCCCGUCGCCCGCAAGCACACAGAGCAGCAGCAGCAAGGCCUUGAGUGUUCCAGAGGACCGCACUCGACUCAAGACACUCACCAAGACCCGAACCUACGUCAACGAAGAGGGUCAAACGGUCACACACCAGAUUCAGCGCGUCGUCGAAACCAAGCUACAGGCCGGUCACACUAUGACUCGCAAGGCACAGCGGGCCGCCGAUGUCAAACACGACCCGGACUGGCAAAUGGCGGAGAAUCAACGCAUGGCCUUGUAUCGAAAGCAACAGCUGCGCGAGCUGCGUCUCAUCCAACGCGAGGAGCAGCACGAGUGCAACGACCUUGUUCAUCGACUCAACGCAGAACGUGAUUCUUUGCGUACCACGCAAGCCAAGGACCUGCAAGACCUUGAGCGUGACUUUGAACGCCGUUUGCAGGACUGUGAAAAGUCCACAAAGACGGCACUGACCAAGCUGGACCGGGAUCAAGGAGUUUCUCGGGCACAGAAGGAAAAGACCCUUCAAGCCAUCCACGCCAAACAAUUGAAGCAGCUCGAAGCGGAGAACAAGAGUCACCUCAAGGCUGCUCUGGCCGAGGUCAAGUCAGUACCCAAGGAUGAACGCAAGUCGCGGACCGCCGAGAUCAAGGCCCGUGUGGAAGAGCAACAGCGCACACAGCUCGCCGAUCUUCAGCGGCAACAGAUGCAUUACCGGCACGAGAAAGAGGCGCAACAGUUGGCCGAAUACCACGUCAAGAAGCUCAAGGACUUGGAUCGCAAGUUCCACCAAGACCUCAAGCUCUUGCCCAAGAAGCACAAAACGGAUCUUGCUCAGCGCCGCAAGGAGCUUAAGCGUCGCCUAACGCGCGAUGGUUUUGAUGCCGACGCCAUGGAAAAGAUGGCGGUGUGUAGUCGACUUGCAACUCUGUCCACCUUGUAUUGA